AACCUCACUGUCACUCAGCUAUUCACUCAGCUAUUCACCAUAAUCUCUUUAUUCACUCACCAUCAUUCACUAAUAGUAGUUAUACUGUUACUCACCUAUUUUCCUUUUCUUCUUUACAUGAAUAUCUUCCUCCAAACAGUUCCUUUUCCCACACACUCCUCCUCUCAUUAAUCAUCGCCUACAGGUCAAGAUGGGAUCCGGACAAAGGUCAGCCUCCUACCUCUGGGAACUGGCUUUGCGCAAGCUCUUCCCAAAACGCACAUCUCUGACAAGGAGGGAAAGUUCCAUAUCGAGCUUUUUCGACUCCUCCCAAAUCGAUGACCACACGGAUGGAUUCUACAAGUACUCGCAAGAGUUGCUCGAGGAAGAGAAUCAGAGACUGCGAUCGUCUAAUAGCACGUCUGCUUCGUACACAUCGGCGCUUAUGGCACCUGUUGAGUACCCUGCACUUCCUUACAACGUGAGCUCGCCCGACUGGAACAUCUUCUCCUCCGCCGUCAAGUAUUUGGACGAAACCGCCGACGAGGACAUAUCUGAGUGGCUGCAUAGUGUGCUGUCAGUUUACUCCAGGGUUUACACUGUCUCGAAGAUUGUGAUGAUGGCUUUCCUGCACUAUGGGGUCGAUUUAGAGGACCUUCCAGAUGGCAUUUUGUCUCACCUCAGGCGCGCAGAGGAACUCGUCAAAUCCAACUCAAUCGUGGAACUUAUCGACAGCACAGAGAGUUUAUAUUAUGCGGUGUAUGCGAGGCUCAUCAUGGAAAUCGCCAGUGUUGAACUGUGUUCCACAUUUACCCUAGAGGUCCGACAUCUAGCCACUUACAACUCGUUCAUUCUCCCUGAACCUGCUCAGCUAUGCAGGAUCCUGCUCGUCUGCAAAAGGGCCCUUGACGAUCCUUACGUAUGCAGUCACAUCAACAAAGAGCUCGUGAAACAACACCAAGUCCAAUUUAUUCGCCGAUCCAUGAACAAGCUGGAUAGCGUAGGCUUCAUCUUGGACGAUCUCGUUGGAUACAGGCGAUAUGUACUGAGUAUUAUCAACGAGAAAUCGUCUGAAUUCUGUCGAAAAUGGAGCAAAGCUUCGAUGAUGUAUCAGAUGCCGACAGAGGAGGUUCUUACAAUCCAGUCUGAAAAGUAUCUCGCCUUUAUACCACGGAGGGCGGUCCAUCAGGUGGUUCCCACUUUAGACCUUCCAUUUAUCGACCCACAUACUUUUAGCGUGGAUAUCUGGGAGCGCGAGGUCAUUGUUGAUAAUCGUCUGGCUACAUUGGCGAAGCUGGAAGGCAAAUGCAUAGGCGACGUGCGCCGCGAGGAUAAUCAGCGACGUCUAAUCGACCUCGUCCGUGGACGCAAGUGUAUUUGCCGCUCAGUGUGUACCUGUGCUUGGGACUGCACCCUCGAUGUCGAGCGUCACUGCCCCUGUUCUGAGCAGAAGCUGAGCCUUAUGGUAGCAAAACGUCGAAGAAGUGUUGCUCUAUUGCCAUUUGGCCUCCGAUGCAGUAUCCUAGCCAGGGCAAUCUUCCAAGGGAUAGCUUCUCUUCGGGCUGAUGUGAAUAGCAUCUCGAUCGUUGCGGAGAUGGAUCGUGCACUGGUGGUUUUUAUGGAGGAGAUCAGGAAGCAGAGGCUAGAAGCCACUACCUCGGACGGCAACCCGAUCUGA